AUGAAUUCUACUACAAGCUCUAGUUAUAAAAUUCAAAUUCUGAACUACUUACAUGGAGAAACGAUUUGCUAUCCAUUGGUGUUGCUAGAAGGAAUAAUUAUUGAUACAGAACACAGCUCCUCAGUUGGCCAGAGAAGAUUACUACGGACGUCGAGUGACCCUGAAUCUGACAGAGGGGAUAAGCUCCAGAUACUGGACUCAUCUCCUCAGUAUACCCUUGAAAGUUUUCAAGAAGACACAAAGUUAUUGGUAAAAUGUAAUUGUCAUCAAGUGGUGUGGCCGGUAGUCAAAGGAGGAUUUAAGGCUGUUGUUCCACUUAAAACUGGAGAAAACUUGAUUGUUUUGAAAUUAAUGCAUAAUGAAGAUAUUGAUAUUGAAUUCAAAUUGAUUUACAAACCACUGCAAAUAUCAAGGUAA